AUGACUGUGUUAGAGUCCGUGAUCGGCUCGGGUGCUGCACGUGUGACCGACGUGUCGGUGGAUGCCGAGUCGACGUACAGGACAGUGCAGGUGGGUGGGUCUCCUGUCGCUGCAUCGACCGGAUGGACCCCCAAGAUGCUCGCAGAGGCAGCGGCAGGUCUGGGUUCAUCGACCAUGUCCAUCUUGUCGGCCGUUAGUGACGUCGUCCCAGGAGACAACACUGGAGCUCUGGGGCUACCAGAAAGCGGCGCUCGCUGCAUCUACGUCAACAAUUCCGUCCAAAACGCGGCACAGAAGUUCUGUAACAACAAGGUGGUUACUGCUAAAUACACGAAGCUCAACUUCCUCCCUCGGUUCUUCUACGGUCGACUCUCGCAAGUGGCAAACUUUUACUUUUUGCUGGUUGGUGCCGGUCAGAUUAUCCCCGAGAUUUCGUCCACGCAGACGAUUCCGUACCAGUGGAUUGUGCUCACGCUCGUGCUGUCGGUCGACGCUGUGUUUGCAGCUAUUGAAGACCGCGGACGGCACAUUGCAGACGCCAAGAUGAACGCUCGCGUCUCGCACAUCUUCGAUCUGGAAGAACCGGAUUGUUUUCGUGACGAUACGUGGCGAGCUGUUGCCGUGGGGGACAUUAUCAAGGUGGAAAACUACGAAGCCAUCCCAGCAGAUGUGCUGUUGCUCGCCGUAUCCGAGCCGGACCCGAAUGCUCCGACCGGAAUUUGCUUUGUGGAGACCAAGUCGCUAGAUGGCGAGACGAAUCUCAAGGUGCGUCAAGCGCUCAGCUGUACGUUUUCGCAGCUGAGCGACCCGCGAGCUCUUGCUCAACUUCCCGGUCGGCUCAUCUGCGAGCUGCCAAACCACGACGUCAACACCUUCUCCGGACGCUUUGAACCGCAGAGUGGCCACGCAAUUCCGAUCGACUUGAAGAACGUGGCGUUGCGCGGCUGCGUCAUCCGCAACACCCCGUUCAUCUACGGUCUCGUGUUGAAUACUGGAGCUGACACUAAGAUUAUGCAAGCUGGAUCGCACACGCCUCCCACCAAGAUCAGCAAGAUCCUUGCCAUCGUAAACCGAGGCAACGCGUUGCUGAUGGCUAUUCUUGCUGUCUUGUGCAUCUUAGGCGCAGUAUUGUGUGUGUUUUGGGUCGCUGAACACCGCGAAGGUGCCACCUACUUGCAUCUCGAGAAUCUCAGCGGCGUCGCUCCUUUCCGUAAUGACGUUGUAGGUAUCCUGAUAUACCUGGGCUACUUCUGGAUCCUCAUCGCGUCCUUCGUCCCCAUUACGUUGUACGUGACCAUCGCCAUUGUGAAAACGUACCAAACGUUCUUCCUCAAUCGCGAUCUUGGCAUGUAUGACGAAGUGACAGACACGCCGGCACUUGUUCGUAACUCCGAUCUCAAUGAUGAGCUGGGGCAGGUCACUCACAUCUUCAGCGAUAAGACUGGUACGCUAACAGCAAACGAGAUGGAUUUCCGUAAGAUGAGCAUCCACGGCGUGUCGUAUGGACGCGGCACCACUGAAAUCGGUCGUGAGGCCACACGACGUCUUGGCAAGGAUAUCUCCGCAAGCGAUGUACUAGCAGACAACACGCCGAUAUUAGUCAAGACGGACAACGUGAACUUCAUAGAUCCAGCCGGAGACUUGGAGCGCGACAGCGACGCACGCUUGCACCCGGAACAAGCUGCUCGUAUCCACGACUUUUUCGUUCACUUGGCUGUCUGCCACUCCGUUGUGCGAGAAACGUUGUCCGAGAACGACACGGGCACAGGCUUCUCAGCCUCGUCACCUGACGAGCUUGCACUUGUGUCGGGUGCCAAUUACUUUGGCUACUCGUUCCUGGCUCGUCGGAACGGAGAAGUGGCAAUUUCGGUCCCUGGCACGCGAGAAGAGGUCGUCUACGAACUCUUGGAGAUGGUCGACUUCACCAGUACUCGUAAGAGGAUGUCGGUCGUCGUGCGCACUCCUGACAAGCGCGUGAUGUUGUUAACCAAAGGUGCCGACUCGGUUAUCUUCCCUCGACUAGCACCGUCAUCAGAUCCGACGAUCGUGGAUACUACACUCGCGCAGUUGGAACGAUACGCUACGGAAGGACUGCGAACUCUUGUGAUCGCACAGAAGGAGCUCUCUCCAGACGCGUAUGCCGAGUGGUCAUGCGAGUACGAUGCAGCGUUGGGAGAUCUGGAGCAAAUGGCAAUGCAGAAGCGUGGCGAACCGAAUCGCAUCGAAGAGCUUGAAGAGCUACUAGAGCAGGGGUUGCAGCUUAUUGGCGCUACCGCCAUCGAGGAUCGAUUACAGGACCAGGUCACGUCUACACUGGGAGAUUUAUCUCGAGCUGGUAUUAAGAUCUGGGUGCUCACUGGUGAUAAGGAGGAGACGGCAGUGAACAUCGGCUUUGCUUGUCAACUGCUGAACAACGACAUGGAACGGAUCAUGAUUAACGCGGAGACGACGCCCUCUGCCUCUGACCUGUACGACAUGUUGCUGAUUCGUUGUAUGGAAGCUCGAAAGCGUGCAGAGCUGAAGGCGAGGGGAGCCAAAGACGACACGCAACAACAAGCCAUCGUGAUCGACGGUCGUUGUCUGACCUUGGUGUUCAGUAACAAUGUGCUGUCCGAGCUGUUCCUCGAGGUGUCCCAGCAGUGCGUGUCUGUCAUUUGUUGUCGCGUUUCGCCCAAGCAAAAAGCUCAAGUGGUUCGGCUCUUUAAGACGAACUUGCACGGCUGUCGCUCGCUGUCCAUCGGCGACGGAGCUAACGACGUCGCAAUGAUCCAAGAAGCGCAUAUCGGCGUCGGAAUCUCCGGUCACGAAGGCAUGCAGGCCGUGAACGCAAGUGACUUCGCUAUCGCCCAGUUCCGGUUCCUCAAGCGUCUGCUUCUUGUCCAUGGUCACUGGAAUUAUCGUCGCAUGGCCAAGCUGGCACUGUACGUGGUGUACAAGAACAUCUUACUGUUCGGAACCGAGUUCGUGCUGGCUGUGUUGCCUCAAUGCGGAUCCUCCGGCACGCUUUACUUCAACAACAUGUGGAUCAACGGCUACAACGUCUUUUGGUCCUCAAUGCCCAUCGGUAUCGUGGCGAUCACAGAGCAAGAGGUGCCGGCACGUAUCGCAGAGCAGUUCCCCGGCCUGUACCACGUCGGAGCUCAAGGCGAGCUCUUCAGUCUUCGUAUCUUCGCGCAGUGGGUAGCUGAGGCACUCUACGAGUGCGUAGUCUGCGGGCUGGUACCGGCACUUAUCAUCGGCGGGCCCGUAGAUUCCACUGGCAAUGGCUUCUCCCGUGACUUGUGUGGCGCCAUUUCUUACUGCUGUUUGAUCAGUGUUGGCUGGGUCAAACUGGCGUUGAACAUGGUCACAUGGAACGCCAUCACGGCGUUCGCGUUCAUCGCAUCGAUCAUCUUCUGGUACAUUUCAGGCUACGUCAUCGCCGCAUCAUUCCCGACGUCAGUAGCCGACACUGCGUUCCCACACAUUUUCGUUCUACCCGAGUUCUACUUAGCAAUCUUCUUGUCUCUGCUGUUGUGUCUCGGACGUGACUUUCUCUGGACAGCUUACAAACGCGAGAUGAACCCCGAGUACUAUCACAUUCUCCAGGAAUUCCACCGACGCGGCAGUCAAAACCCCGACAAGGCUCGAUGGACGCCACCUGAGCUGCGCUACGAGCGCUUCCAAGCUGAUCUGACCGAGGAGAAGCCACGUUUCGACCUGCCUGAACAGCAAGCUUUACCCAACCAACGACCGUCUCAUGCGGAUCAGAAGGUAUACACCGGUUUCGCCUUCUCGACUCAACUUCUCGAAGAUCGCUUCCUAAAUCCAUUACGUGAGAUGGUUCUACCCGUCAGUCAAGUCGCAAACGCUAUCGGUAGAGUAUUGUCGCCCGGUGGGAGCCCCAUUACCCGCCAUAAUCCCGACAGCCCGACGCGUCGUGAAGCUGCUGAUGAACCAAAGUCGUUCGAAGACAAGAUCUUGGCAUUACCCAUCGAGGAACAGGCAGUGUAUGAGAUCCAGCGUUACCAAGUGUUCACCGGAUGGGGAUCACUGCGACCAGGCCAUCUUCUAAUUACUGACCCACCCAAGUUCACCAAUGCUCUCAUGACGGACGGUGCUGGUACCUUCGAUCUCGACCACUGGGUUGUCGAUCCACGCUUCGGUGGCUCCGAUCAAUGGCAAUACGCCACUAGAUUCAAAGACUUCUUGCGUGCCCAGGAGAAGUUACAGCAGGAAACAAUUGAAGGCGUACCACCAGAGCUCCAAGCUCAUGCGAGUGGACUUGAUCCGGAUCUGCAGGAGCGACGACGCAUCAAGAAGAAGCUUAACAAACUUGUCGGACGCAGUGUACGUCGUCGUCGCUGGGUACGGAAGGAGAAGCUGCUUGCCGAGGCGAUAGAGCGCGCCAACAUUGCCUUGGCCGCACCGGAUCCGGAGUCUUCACUUCCUCGUACGCCUCCCAACUCUCCUCCUUCUCAAUAG